AUAGUACUGAAAAGUAAAGAUAAAUAUUAUUAAAUAAUAUUAUAAUAUUGUAUGAAUUUUGAUUUGAGUUUUCCGAAUUUCCAUUUUCAAAUACUCUCGCGAUCUGGCUUUGAACACCGGAUUGGUCAUGUUUUUGAUAGAUUAUAUGUAAUACAUUAUAUGUAUAUCAUACACUCAAUACUUAACUGAACACAUUUUAUUCAACCGAUUGUGCUACAUUUAAAAGUGCUAUGGCUGCUGAAAGAGAACGCCGUUCAAAUGCUGGUAACAAACUAGCACGUUUAUUAGACGAAGAAGAAGCUGCAGAUGAUGAAUUUUAUAAGACUACCUACGGUGGGUUCAAUGAAGAUGAGGAAGAUAAUGAUUUUCAUUUUGUCGAUGAAGAAGCCCCAGAUGAAGUUGAUUCAGAUUUUAGUAUUGAUGAAAAUGAUGAAGUGAUAUCAGACGUGGAAGAUGAAGAACAAGCUCAAAAAAAAACAAAUAGAUACCAAGAACCUAAAGUACCAAAACCUGUUGAACAAAAUGAAGCUCCAAAAAGAAAACGUUCCCGAACAGAAAAAGUGGUGGUGGCGGCUGAGACGUCAUAUGAGCGAAAGUCAAUACGCCAAUCAACAGCAGUUAAGUCUCAGGAAACAAUAGAACGUAUCAAAGAACGUGUUAGUAAAAUUAAGCGAAAUAAACCAAUGCCUCCAGAAGAAAUGCCUUCACAGCAAGAAUUGUUGGAAGAAGCAAAACUCACAGAAGAAGAGAAUUUAAAAUCAUUAGAGAAAUUUGAAAAAUUAGAAUUGGCUAGAAAACAGACAAGAGCUAAACCUCGUGUCACAUACUUGACAUCUGUUAAAUUUCUUAGUAAAGCAUAUCCAUUGUUUGCUGAAGAUGACAAUAUAAAUAUUGAAUGUGAAGAACAUGACAUGAAACGUGAACGCCGUGAGUAUUUCGAGCGCACUUCCAUCACAGUGAAUGAACCCCAUGAAUUUGAACGAAUGUUCCCCAAAAAAGUAGCCAAACCGAUUAAACCACAUAGACAGUGUGUAUUUACUGAAGAUUAUGCCAGAUACAGGGAUCCUUUGACCGGUCACCCUUAUAAGAAUCAAAAGAUAUUUUCAAUAUUAAGAUCUGUAUACUCUAUGCAUUUAGAUGAAGCCUUUGCUAAUAAAUAAAUGUUUAUAAAACACAAAUUUUAACUUUUAGAACUACUCUUUCAAGUUAUAAUAUUAAAUUGGUAAUAACUAAGUUGUAUUAUAAUUCAUUAUUUUUAUACUUAAAGGAUAACUCAUUGAUCAUUGACAAAUAUUUAAAAAUGUUUUUUUUUUCAUUGAAAUGUAUUAUGAUUUGACAUUUUGAAAUUCAUAAUGAAUUUAAGGAUAGGUAUUAUAACAUGUUUAUGAUAAAUAAAAAGUUAAGGCAUUUUAUACCUAGAUAUGGUUAAUAUUAAAUUUUGUCUUAAUAUUUAAUAAUGAUUUCCUUUUAAUAUCUUCAAGUUGGAUACUUGAUAGUUGAUACUAUAGUUAGGGCCACAAAAAUUAGCAGUGACUGAUCAGAUCUAGUGCUUAAAAUAUGGUAGAAAUAAUGGCAAUAAUUUGUAAAUCAUUCCAUAAUCUAUACUAAUAUGUAUAAUAAUUGUAGGUUAUACACAAUAUUACAUAAUUUAUAACUAACAUAGGGUAUGUUUUUUUUCAAAUUGUUGCCAUGUUUAACAUUAGAAUCUAUUGCAACAACCACUAACUUUUUGUGGUCCUAGCUAUAGUUAGGUAUUAAUGCUUACCACAGAAAUUUGGAUGGGUAAUAUAAGAUUGGUAUACAAUAGUAUAAUUGUACAAUAAUUAUUUGUCACAAGUGCAUUAAGUGCCAAAAAAAUAGCCAAUAUACAUUUUGUACUAAUGUUUUUUAAUGAAUUGUUUACAUGAAUGUUAAGUUAACUCUUAAGAGGAUGUUAGUGCAUUGUUUGUUUUCUCUCUCUGGUCCACGCGUAACAUAAAAGAAAUGUAUUUAUGCAGAAUCAUUUUAUUUUUUUAUUAGUUAUAUUAGUGUAAAACUUUACUUUAGAUUAGCUAUAAUAUUAUAUUACUUACUAAAAAUCUAAAACUAUACUUUGGCUUUAAGUAGGUAUUAUUUAUGUAAAGUGAAUAAUUGAAUGAAUAUUUAUUUGCAUGGUUCAGUGUUCACCUAAAUUAAAUUUUCAACAACACCUUGUAACAUAAAUGCAGCAAAUACUAAACUUACCAAACACCACUAGACUUCAAUCAUUAUUUAGAUAUAACUUAUAUAAAUGCUUUUGGUUUGUUAUUUAAAUUUAGUUAUAACAAUGUUAUAAUAUUAUUAAAAUACAUAAUUAUUUGUGGAAA